CUAAUUAAAAAAGUAUAGUCAUUUUGCGCGGGAAACGGGCGCGCGAACUUUUUUAAUUUUAUUUAGUAAUUUUGACAGUUUGAGAACGAGGUGUAGUUUUCAAAAUAAAGUUAUUUUAAAUUUUGAUUUGAGAUAAAUUGAGAUAAAUACAUAUUUUUAAUACUAUUAUUACUUUGUAAUAUUUAUCAGUUUUAUCACGAACCAAGAUGCAUGCCGUUGGAUUUUUGACUUUGCUACUGCUGAGCCUAUGCCAGUGCCAGGAGGAGAUCGUACGGAACGACUUCGAAGGUCCGAAUGAGGACGGCUCUUACAAGUUCGCUUAUCAGACGCAGGGCGGCAUCUAUCACGAGCAACGUGGCUCGCUCCAAGGACAGGAACCGGCGCUGGUUGUUGAAGGACAAUACCAGUACACGGCCCCUGACGGACAGGUGAUAAACGUGAUCUACAGAGCAGACGAGAACGGCUUCCAAGCGACGGGUGACCACCUCCCCACUCCACCGCCCAUCCCGAUGGCGAUACAGCGCUCCCUCGACUAUUUGAUGAGUCUGCCACCUUCUGACAAUGACUAUUAG